AUGCGAUUCCUUCAGGCUGGAGGCGUGGCAGCCAUCCUGUCCACCCUUGGAUCGGUGGCUUCUGCCUUUGAGAACAACAACUACGACUACAUUGUUGUUGGCGGUGGUCCGUCUGGUAUCAUCACCGCUGAGCGAUUCGCCGAAGCCGGCAAGAAGGUCCUCCUCCUCGAAAAGGGCACCGGUCCUACCGUCGCCACUGGUGCCAAUGAGACUCUGUCGUGGAACCGCACCUUGACUCCCAUCGACCUGCCUGGUCUGUCCGCUGAUAUUGGUUCGCUGGAUGUCUGGAAUGAGUAUAUGUGCACCGAUACCGAGGGGUAUGCUGCCUGUGUGCUCGGUGGUGGUGUGACGGUCAACUACAUGGUGUUUGUGCAUCCGCCAGAGCGCGACUUUGACAAGUGGCCCAAGGGCUGGAAAUGGGAGAAUGUGCAGUCUGCUUCGGAGAGACUCUACCAGCGCAAUCCUGGAACUAUCUUGCCGUCGGCUGAUGGCAAGCGCUACGACCAGGGUCUCUACUCUAUUCUCUCCGGCUUCUUCAACAAGCUCGGCUGGAAGUCCGUUGACAUGAUUGCUGCUCCUAAUGAGAAGCACCAGGUCUACUCUUAUCCCGCAUGGAACAUUGAGAACCAGAUGCGCGCUGGCCCUGUUCGCACCUAUCUCCCUCACGCUAAGAACCUCAAGAACUUCUCGCUGGGGUUGGGUACCAAGGUCAUCCGUCUGGUGCGCUCUGGCAGCCAGGUCACUGGCGUCGAGAUCGAGACUGCCUCUGGCAAGUCUCAGAUCAUCUCCGUUGCUCCUCACGGCCGUGUUGUCCUCGCUGCUGGUGCUCUCUCCACUCCCCGUGUGCUCUUCAACUCUGGUAUUGGCCCCAAGGCACAGAUCGAGACUGCUGGAAAGAGCGGCGUUACUCUUCCUCCCCAGAAGGAAUGGAUCAAUCUCCCUGUUGGUGUUGGUCUCAAGGACCACCCCAUCUUCUCCGUCGUCGUCAAGACCAACGGCACCUUUGACGUCCUCGACUACGAAAGCAUCCUCAACGGAACCGACACCCGGGACAUCUCCCUCUACAAGAAGCAGAGCGGUGUUCUCACCCAGGGCAAGCACCGCCUCAUCUUCUUCAGCUCGAACAACAUCGACGGCCAGACCCGCUACUACCAGGGAUCGUGUGCUCCCACCGACGAGGGCACCGUCACCAUCACCCUCUACUUGACCCACGGUCUGACUUCAUCCGGUGUCCUCGGUCUGAACGAGGCCGGCAAGACUGUCUUCGAGCAGUCUCCCUACCUGCAAACCGCUGGUGACCGCAAGGCCGCCACCAGCUUCAUCAACAGCCUCAUCAACGACAUCACCGACCCCUCCACUGGCUUCGAGCUCGAGACAUACACCAACACCUCUGCUAUUCUUGGAUCUGUCUCCCCGGGUAUGCACUACACCAGCACCGCCAAGAUGGGCACCGACGAUGGUCGCAAGAACGGUUCGUCUGUUGUUGACACCAACGCCAAGGUGUACGGAGUGGAUAACUUGUACGUUGUCGAUGGCAGCAUCCACCCCGAUCUGCCGACUGGUAACAUCCAGGCCACUAUCAUGGUCGUGGCCGAGGCGGCCGCCGCGAAGAUUCUCGCGCAGAAAUAG